GAGGUGGAGAGGGUGCGUUUGUUUGAUAUUCUAAAUUAAAUAAAUCACAUUCUUUCUCUCUCUUUCUCUUGGGUUCUCUUUACCUCUUGAAACCAAAGGGGACACUCUCUGUGCUGUGGCCUCUGUUUUCAAAGGAAACCCUUGUUCUUGUUCUUGCCCUUUUUUUCCUUCCAAGUUCCAACCCAUAAUUCAUUUUGCCUAGUCUUCUUAGUUUCUACUCCUUCCUUGUGCAACCUGCAAAACUAGCUAUUCAGUUUAGUUAUCAAACCAAGCUAAAGCUCUAAUAUUGUUUUUUUUUUCUUUUAUAUAUAUAUAUAAAUAGGCACCAAAUAUUACACAUUUAUGAUACACCAAUUUGAAGCUUGUCCACACAACUCAGGAUUAUCACUAGCCCCUUUCCAUACACAAACCUAAGAGGAAGAAGCACUUGUCAGUGACCAACCAACCAUGGUGCCUUCUCAUGGUCUCAUCAUCUCUCUCAUUUUUGUGUCCGUUUUAGCCAAUGAGGCAAGCAUGGUCCAUGAGGCAAAUGGGUCAUUUCCAAUGGUGCCCAUGGUGGAGGCUGGGAAGAUGGAGAUGAUGAUGGUGAUGAAUGAGAGCAGAAGGAAACUUGGAAGCUUCCAGAUAUGUGCCUUGUGCACCUGCUGUGGUGGAGCAAAAGGGGUUUGCUUGCCCUCUCCUUGUUGCUAUGCCAUCAAUUGCAACAUUCCUCAUAGACCCUUUGGCUUCUGCUCAUUCACACCCAAGACCUGUAAUUGCUUUGGAUGCCAUCUUUAGCCCCCUCCCCUAUUACAGUCUUAUAAUAGUAAUAAUUGGAAAAAAAAAUUGAGGGUUAUCUUUAGUUAAUUAUGUUGCAAGUGUGAAUGGGAAGUGAAGAUUGAAGAAUAUCUGUUCUUGAUUAGUUAUAAUUAUUAUUUGGGGAUUGUUAUUUUCAGGAUUUUUUUUUUCUGCGGUGCUUACUGGGAUUUGUUAGGGGUGCACAUUGUCUGAUUGUCAGAAUAGCAAUAUAUGAUAUAAUUAUAUGGAGUAGUACAUGGGGAAUCAAGAAAACCUUGUCCCUUUAUGUGGAGAUACCGGGGUUCAUGAUAAUUUUUCACUUUUUUGAAUGAUUAUAGUAAUGCAAGUGCUCAGUGAGGCUGUCGUUUGGCCUGGACCAUGAUUCAACUUUACAACUUAUUCUCAUUUUGUUAAGAGGACUUGUGGGUUUCCCUUC